AUGGAAAAGGUACCAGAGCAACCAGAUCAGUCUAUUGUAGGAUCAGGCAGUGAUAAGCUUGUUCAAGAACCGAGCAGUACUCAGCAUUUUCCAGCUCUAAGUGGUAUUUCACCGAUUGCAUUGUCGAGCGCUAUUGAGCGUAUUGCCAGACCUCAAAGUGCAGGAACUCAAAGUGCAGGAACUCAAAGUGCAAGACCCCAAAUUGCAAGACAAAGCCGCACCAGGACCAUUGCAAGACCAAUCCGCCGGUACCAUAUGAGCCGCCGCCGUCCACAUCGUUCCAUAGUGAGAGAUACUUCUCCUAUUGCGGGGCCGAGCGGUAUUCAGCGUAGUACAGAAGAGAGCGAAAUUGAACCCGUAAUCCAGUUGCCGCCUAAACCUAAAAGUGUGAUUGACAUGAUGGAGCUCUUGGCAUUGAAACCAGCCAAAAAAGUUGAUUCGGGAAUACACACUGAUAGAGCAAUAAUUAAAAAAAGGCUAUUAAAAGGGAAAAUGAUAAUCUCCUCCAACAUUAACCAUAUUUGGUGCCCUUCAUGCAGUGAAAUUGACAAUGAUUCGACUUGGAUUCAGUGCGAUACUUGUACACGGUGGUGGCAUCAGGACUGCACACAGUAUCCAGGAUCUGGUGAAUUUCUGUGCGAAAUAUGUCGGUUCUAAUCUAAUCUUUGAAUAUUGUUUUCGUUUUAAUUUUUUAUGUUGGUUUAUUUUUGUGAUAAAUGGUACGCAUUUCAAGACGCACCAUUGGGUAUUCUACUUUUG